AAUUAAAGUAUCAGGAUUAAUUUUGCGGCGUGACUAUACCGAACACAUUUAUAGUUAUGGAUGUUAUAAAAUUUAUACAACAUGUUGACAACAAUGUUGACAAUAUCAAUGCUAUUAUCACGUUUGGAAAUUAAGUGCCUGCGUUUUUCGGUGUGCAGUGCCAUCCUGUGGCGAAUAUGGAAAAUACACGUUUUAUAUGUUUUAACGGUAUUUCAGCCUUUUACAGUGUAAGUAACAUUUUACACUACGUUUUAAAUUUAUUUCCUAUUCAGUUUGCAAGCAAUAUCCUUACUGGUCAGUUCUUUUUUAUAUAUUCUUGGACUGACCAUGUUUCAACGUGCGUGAAUAGGAGACAAAUGAAAAAAAUAUAUAUAAUUCUCAUGAAAUGCCACGGUCGUCAAGAAAUGAUUCCUUAUAGGAACACAAUAUAAAGGAAAUGUAAAGCUCGGGGAUCCUUUACUGCCUUUGCACAUUUUUGAUAGAUGGGAAAGUUACGAUAAGAAGUGUUCUCCGCAUGCGCAGAACAGUGCGUGCCACUAGCGGUCACGUGGUGCUGCACGUUGUACGUUCGCUAACUUCCAUGUGGAGGACCAGUUGUUAGCUAGCUAAACAGAACCACAAUGCCGAAGGCUAAGAAGGCUGGUAGGAAAAAGAAGUUCAAUUAUAAUAAAGAUAGGAAAAAACUCAACCGGAAGGUUAAGAAAAAGAUGGCUCCGAGAAUAGCAUGCUCACAGAUGAGAAAUGCGUGGAAUGAGCAAUCGACCGUCUCCAAGAACCUGAGCGACAUGGGUCUGGCUUUUGACCCCAACGUCGCUGUGCCUCUCCGGAAGAACAAGAUAUCUGGGAUGGAGGUAGACGAAGUCGCCCAAAUUGUGAGGAAACCGUACGUCAUCAAAGAAAUGGAAGCUGAGGCAAAAUUGCCAAAGCAGGACACGAGGACAGUGUCCAGAGACAUGAUCGAGUAUGUGCAGCACAUGAUCCGAGAACACAAGGAAGAUUAUAAGGCUAUGGCCAGAGAUGAAAAAAACUACUACCAGGAUACACCAAAACAAAUAAAAAGGAAAAUAGAGAUGUACAAGCAGUGUCACUCAGAAGAAUAUGCCGCCUUUCUGGAAUUGUUGAAGACUGAACAAAUGGACACAAAAUAGAUAUGGAGUUUCUGCAUGGGAGGUGACCAGUGUCACCUCAGAAUUCUAUAACGAAACCCUUAGUGUUUAUGAGAGUGGGAAAAACCAGCUUAUCCAAGCCUUUGAUAGUGGUUUUGAGUCUUAAAGGUAUUCUCAUUGUGUAUACUUAUUUUGAAACUAUCUGGUUUAAUUGUAUGUAAAAGACGAGUCAGUGCUUUGUGCCCCAAACAUUUUUAUUUGAAUCAAGCUAAAAGGGCUUUCAUAUGCUCUGUACAAUCAUCAAUUUGACAAACACAGCACCAUUUAAAACCAGAAUAUGACUCAUCUACAUUUUCUCUUUGUGUCCUACAUGAGAAACAUGUAUAUAUGCUUCAUGAGAAUGCAUCCUGUUGAUUUUUACAUAAAUAAAUAUGCUAGUACUCUUGUAA